UAUGUUGACAGGAAGUGUGUAAGGCGGAAUCACUACAACCAGCCAUCCUUAUACUGUCUGUGCUUUUUGUUUAGCCUGACAAGCAGGAGUUCACAGUAAUUCCCCCCUCGGAGGCGUGUGGACCUGAAUUAUGCGUUUUAAGAUUGACCCGGAUCAAAGAUGCAAUGGAGGUCAAUAGUAGUUGGUCUGGUGGUAUUGAGACUGUCCCUCAGCUGUGUGCUGUGGCUAGCUUUUGGACUCGGUCCUAGCGUUAGCUGGGGGUUCAACUUCCCCCUUGGCUUCAGUUUGCACAAAUUAGACUUGUUAUUCAGGGAGGAUAGAGGGACAGACUCGGGGGGGAACUCGUGGUCUCAACGAAUACAAGGCCCCAGAUAUGAGGAGACGGCGAGCACCUGUGCAAAGGUGGGACAGGAGUCCGAGAAGAGAUCUUACCUGAGCUUCUUUGAUGGAAACAAGGACGAGUACGUCCGGAGGUACAGCUCCUUCCCGGACACUCUGAGGGAGAAAAUGAAGGAUAUGGCCAAAGAGAUGUUUUAUUUUGGAUAUGACAAUUACAUGACAUAUGCCUUUCCUGAGGACGAGCUGAACCCCAUUGACUGUAAAGGGAGGGGACCAGACGUGCUGAACCCAACAAACAUCAACAUAAAUGAUGUCUUGGGGAACUAUUCCCUCACACUGAUUGACACCUUAGACACCCUGCUGGUGCUUGGUAAUGUGACAGAGUUCCACAGAGCCGUCAAGCUGGUUAUAGAUACUGUAUCUUUUGACAAGGACUCAACUGUGCAAGUUUUCGAGGCAAACAUCAGGAUCUUGGGAAGCCUUAUUUCAUCUCACAUCCUUCUGACUGACCCAAAACAUCCAUUUGGCAAUGUGGGGUUUGAAGGUUACGAUAAUGAGCUGCUUCACAUGGCUCAUGACUUGGCUGUUCGCUUACUGCCGGCCUUUGAGAACACCAGCACAGGGAUCCCUUACCCAAGGGUGAACCUAAAGACAGGAGUUCCCCCUGAUAGCAUCAACGAGACAUGUACUGCUGGAGCUGGGUCCCUGCUGGUGGAGUUUGGGAUUUUGAGCCGCCUGAUUGGUGAUUCCACAUUUGAGUGGGUUGCUAGACGAGCUGUGAGAGCCCUGUGGAACCUGAGGAACAAUGAAACUGGUCUGUUAGGGAAUGUAGUGAACAUCCAAACAGGCCAGUGGGUGGGCAAACAGAGUGGUCUGGGAGCUGGUAUGGACUCCUUCUAUGAAUAUUUGCUGAAAUCAUACAUCCUUUUUGGAGAGAAAGAGGACUACAGGAUGUUUCAAGCUGCUUAUGAGAGCAUUCAGAACCACAUGAGGAGAGGGAGAGAGUCAUGUAAUGAAGGGGAAGGUGACCCACCUCUCUAUGUGAAUGUGAACAUGUUCAGUGGUGAGAUCAUGAACACCUGGAUUGACUCCCUUCAGGCCUUCUUUCCUGGGCUGCAGGUGCUCAACGGUGACAUAGAUAAUGCCAUCUGCCUUCAUGCUUUUUACUAUGCCAUCUGGAAGCGCUUCGGGGCUUUGCCAGAGAGAUACAACUGGCAGCUGCAAGCUCCUGAUGUGCUCUUUUACCCUCUAAGACCAGAGCUGGUGGAGUCGACCUAUCUGCUGUACCAGGCGACCAAAAAUCCUUUCUAUUUGCAUGUUGGAAUGGAUAUUCUUCAAAGCCUUGAGCAAAAUGCCAAAGUUAGAUGUGGGUACGCCACUCUCCACCAUGUUGUGGACAAAUCCAAAGAGGAUCGCAUGGAGAGCUUCUUCCUCAGUGAGACCUGUAAAUACCUGUAUUUGUUGUUUGAUGAAGACAACCCACUUCAUAGAUCAGAUAACAAGUACAUCUUCACCACAGAGGGCCACAUCGUGCCUAUAGAGAGGCGCUUCAGGGAGAAGCAGUGGAAUGACUUGUUUCCUUGUGAAGAUGGAGAGCUGGAAGAAAGAGAGCAAAGCAACCGGCUAAUACCCAGCAACAACACCAAUUGUAACAGAAUCCCAGAGGAGCGGCGCUACACGCUGCCGUUAAAGAGCAUCUACAUGAGACAGAUCGACCACAUGGUGGGACUCUUCUGAGGAAGAAGCGAUGCAUGUGAAGAAGAUGCUGGCAUCAACUGGCCCUCAGCACACACACACACCCUUCAGGUGUCUGAGAAAGGAUCCAUCGUUGAUCAAUAUCCUCGCCCCACAUGUUCUGCUGCUAAGGAUCCAGCCAGAGAGCUUACACUAAACUGAACCUGAAGAAGCAGCUUGACUUCAUGCUGUUCUGAUCAAAAGUGAGUGUUUGUGUAGAACUUUCUCUGGGCAUGUGGUGCUAAAAAGUUGAACAAUCUUUCUUCCAGGAAAUGAGGCACCAUGCAUCACCACUUCUUCGCUGGUGAGCUUGUUUCAGUAAUUUUAGAUUAACUACACGGAGCAAAAAAAUCUCUUCAAAUUUUGGUUCAGAUAUGAGUGUGUAUGAGUGUGUAUUCAUUGUUUGUCUGAUAGUGUGAGUGUGUGUGUGUGUGAUUAUGUAUUUGAAAUGAAAGCUGAGCUGUGAAUCUGAUUUUGUGUUUAUGGGAACAGCGCCAUCUAGCCACACAUUGAAAAUGCAUAGCCUAUAAAGACACUCACCUAUGUAGACAUGCUGAUCAGUGCCUCUCUGCAGUGGAUUCACUUGACUCUUCCAGUAAUUCAACAUAAGGGCUGCACGUUAACACACAAUAACAGGGAGUUUCAGGACGACUGUUGCUGUUUUUAAGUGCCUUAAGUGUUUUUUUUUCUCUGGAUGCUUUCAGUGCAUGCUAGGUAUGGAAAACUUUACUUUUUUGUCAGGCCAUGGUUGAUAUUGCACAAAAGGUAUCAUUCCAUGUCUGUUUUUCUGUUUUACACUGAUUGUGACUUCAAGUUAAUUUGUUGUAGACAUGAUGAAACAAGCCAUAUAAUGUAUUUUUUUAUGUUAAUGAGUGAGAACAUGUUUAUUUUCCAUCGUAAUUACUUCACAGACUGUCCUCCAUGGAGUAUUCUUGUUCAGAGCUAAUGGAAGUUGUUUUUUUCUGUUUCUCUUUUACAUUAUUGCACAUCAUUAUUCUUAAUAAUUAUCAUGUGGAGAGAACUCAGGGUUUAAACGAAAAACAAAAAUCAGUAAAUGCUUUCAUAAAAAAUAAAACUUUCUUGAAAUGCUGUUGCCUCUGAUAUCUUAGGAUAGUCUUAAGUAUUUAUACUGCAAAUCUUAAAACUUGUGUAUCUAAGAUCAAAGAAUAACCUCACUGAACAAAGGUACUGUUGUACUGUUAAUAUUUGUGUUUGUUUCAAACAGAACGUAUGUAUUCUUAAGCUGUGAUGUGAGAUUCAUGUACAGCUCGGUCAAUGUUUAUUUUCUAGAAAUGGAAAUGUCUUAUCAAACAUCAUGGGUUAGCAGAGCUUUAGGCUUGAUGGUGUGAACACAUCACAUCAUAAACUUUUUCUUUUAGGAGGGAAGUUUUCAGGGGGUCCUUCAUGAGCCAGACAUUUUGUGAGUGAUUUUACAAGUUAGAAAGCAAAGAAGUUAUUUGAUAGGAGUUGAUGACAAAUUUGACUAAGUAUGCCCCUGCAUGGUAGAUGCCUCUAAAAUUGUAAGCUUAACUUUGCACACUGACAGGAUAUACUGAAAUAGCUAGCUUGAACAAGGAUUUAACAUUUCAAUUUUAGGAUUUUAGAAGGUGCUAUUUAGUCCUUUAUGUCAUUUUGACAGAGCAUGCUAGCUUGUUACCCCUGUCUCUCAUGUGCUAAGCUAAGCUACAGAUGUUCGAUAUUUAUUGUACAGACAUGAAAAGUGGUAUCUACCCCAUCCUCCUAUCACUAAGACAGCAGAUGUGUCUGUGCUCAAACUAUGCCAUUAACUUUUCUGAAACAAAGGUAAACUGAGUUUUUAUGUCUAAGAGGAUUCUGUCACAACUCAAGAAAAGGAAUCUGAAAUGUGAAAUCAUUAAAUGACAGAUUAUGAACAAGA